AUGCGCCUGCGGUUGAAGGCGGUUCGCCGCAUUGGUGUGCUAUCGGUUGUGCGCGGCUGGGGGCGGGACAGCGGCCCGGAACGGGGCCAAAGGGUGGCCCGGCGGGGUGUUCGGGGGCGCGCUGCAGUGCCCUCGUUUGUUAAAACGGCGCAUUCCGAUCAACCCCUCAUCCGCCGUGCUUUCCGGCCCGGGCCCCGUAUUCCGCGCAGCCCCGCGUUAGGGCGGUCAUUGCCGCCAGCCCCUUCUAUAGUAGGCCGCCUGAAACCCUGGCCGGGGCGGUGUCCGCCUGCUUUUCUGCGGUGGGCGUGCUGA